CUUGUUUGGGCAAAACAUCAGUUGACACCCACAAACAGAAAUAUACAAUUCUACCAAUAAACUAUACAAUACCAUUUAAGAUGGAGGAUAUUACACAAGAGGAGCAACUCCUGAUCCUUGACACCUUCCGCAUUUUGGACAAGGAGAACGAGGGCGCUAUAACGUCUAAAGAGAUGGCGGUGGUGAUUCGCGCCCUGGGUCGCCAGCCCAACGACGCUGAGGUUCAGUCCAUGAUCAACGAGGUCGACUCGGAGGGAAACGGAUCCAUCGAGGCUCCGGAGUUCUGCAACGUGAUCCUGCGCAAGAUGCGCGACACGAACCACGAGGACGAGCUGCGCGAAGCUUUCAGGAUUUUUGACAAGGACAACAACGGCUACAUAACCUCCACCGAGUUAAAAAAUGUGUUCACUGCGCUGGGCGUGAAGCCUAGCGACGAAGAGUUGGAUGAAAUGGUACGCGAGUACGAUCUGGAUCAGGACAAUCACAUCAAUUACGAGGAGUUUGUUAACAUGAUGACAAUGCGAUAG